AUGGUAGUUAAAGAACAGCCACAUAGCAGCAGCUUCGUCACGGAUUUCCUCAUGGGAGGUGUCUCUGCCGCCAUUGCCAAAACAGGGGCAGCACCUAUCGAAAGAGUAAAGAUUUUGAUGCAGAAUCAAGAUGAAAUGUUAAAACAAGGAUCAUUAGAUUCGCGUUAUGGUGGGAUACUCGAUUGCUUCAAGAGGACAGCCUCUGAAGAGGGCAUUAUCUCUUUUUGGAGAGGUAAUACUGCCAAUGUGAUUAGGUACUUCCCCACACAGGCAUUAAAUUUUGCGUUUAAGGACAAAAUUAAGGCCAUGUUUGGAUUCAACAAGGAAAGAGACGGUUAUACCAAAUGGUUUAUGGGGAAUGUGGCAUCCGGUGGAUGUGCAGGUGCUCUUUCCCUAUUGUUUGUCUAUUCCUUAGAUUAUGCAAGAACGAGAUUGGCAGCUGAUGCUAAAUCUAUUAAAAGUGGUGCACCAAGAAAAUUCAAUGGUAUUCUGGACGUCUAUAAAAAAACAUUAUUCACAGAUGGUGUUCUCGGUUUAUAUAGAGGGUUUCUUCCCUCAGUAGUUGGAAUAAUGGUUUAUCGUGGGUUAUACUUUGGUCUUUACGAUUCAUUAAAACCCGUAUUAUUAACUGGUUCAUUUGAAAACGCAUUCCUGCCAUCUUUCCUAUUAGGUUGGGCGGUUACCAUAAGUGCAUCAACCACGUCGUAUCCUCUUGACACGGUAAGAAGAAGAAUGAUGAUGACAUCUGGUCAAGCAGUUAAGUAUAAAGGGGCCAUAGACUGCUUCCAACAAAUUGUAAGCCAAGAAGGUGUUUAUUCAUUAUUUAAGGGUUGUGGAGCAAAUAUCUUUAGAGGGGUUGCAGCAGCAGGUGUUAUUUCCUUAUAUGACCAAUUGCAAUUGCUCUUGUUUGGCAGAAAGUUCAAGUGA